AUGAUACCUCGAUCAGCGCUGAGCAGGCAGUUGCCCUGCCCCAUAAUCUCGCCGUUUUCAUGGCGCCAUUUCUCUACGACCUCUCCCGCGCAAAACGCACGUGCCCCGACCUCGGCGAACACUCCUGCACGACCCCAUGGGAUUGAUCCACGAUGGCUCACCAUGAUGAAGCGACGAGUCGGCAAAUGCAUGAUGUUUGGUCUCAAACCGACACAAGUGGAUGAUGCAGGUAAAAUCCUGCAGCAAUUGGCGCGUGACUGGAGGGAAUUGAUCGCGGGCAGCGAGGGAUUCCUGACAGAUGGGAAGCGACGGGGUCAUGUCAACAACGUCAACUAUGUCAGAUACGCCGAAUCCGCUCGGGUAAACUGGACCCGUAAUAUCGGAAACCAUAUCGACGAAGCAAAUAAAAAAAAGUGGCUUGCUUUGCUCAGCUCAACAGGUAUUGGACUCAUCUUGCGAAGCAUCAAGGUGGACUACAAAUUUCCUAUGAAGUUUCCAGAUAAGAUCUCUGUCUAUCACAAGCUAGUACAGGAUCCGUCAGCAUCGCUAUCAUCGCAAUCGGCCUUUCAGCUGCAGGUUAUGAUCAUGUCGGAAGCCCGGCAACGUCCUGCUGCUCGUUGCUACGAGGAUAUUGUCACUUAUGACUACCAAAAGAACCGGAAGACGCCCGAACUACCGCCGUUCAUCUUUGAACAGUUUAAGGAUAUUUGGGAUCUGCAAGAGAAGGCACAGAAAGAUUGGCAACAGUGUAUUCUAGACAUUGAGACCAAGGUCCGAACGCUCGAAGUGGAGAGUUGGGAUCGUGCGGAUGCAGUUGAGGAUACAGGCUCGGCAUCGCAAUAG